AUGGCGGACCACACAGCCACGGUUGAUCCAUGUAUUUUCCCGACGUUGGCAGGAUACAGUGCUCCUGGCUAUCAAACGACCCCUUUCGGACAUGGACUGAUUUCAGAGCUGGGAUCAUUCUGUCAGCAAAAGUCUGUGCCGCUUCAUAACGUGGUGGCCACUGCAUGGGCUUUGGUUCUCCGUGAGUAUAGCGCGGCUGAGAGUGUGGCUUUUGCGCUCCAGGACGCAUCAACAACAGAGCCUCUCCUUGUCCAAGUACGGACAGACACAACUACACCACUGGUGCGACUCAUCCGGAAUAUCGCCGGUAGCAAGGGCGACUCAGAUGCCCAAGAAGUAGACGUGCAGCCAUUAUCUAGUCUACUGCAGUCUUCCAUUAACACGGGCAUAUGGUACGACGAAAGUGAUCGUGGCAGCUCAAAGACUACACAACUACAAGCCGGAUCUAAGGACAACUCCAGUUAUGCAAUCCAGCUCUACGUGCCUUGGUUGGAGGUACGAUACGACACUGCUUCCUUGGGAGAGUUGGAUGCAGCCAACGUAACGCAAGCCUUGGAGCAGGCACUCACCAGCAUCAUCGGCAGUCAUGAAACCACAACGAUUGGGCAUGUCACCCUCCUGGGCGAUCAGGGAAUGAAGCAACUGCAGCAAUGGAACGUCCACCAGCCAGAUCUGUGGCCUGUCUCGGUGGAUCAGAUCGUCUACCAGCGAGUGUUGGAGCAGCCUGAUGCGCCUGCCAUCCACGCUCUUGAUGGGAACUACACUUUUGCGCAGCUCAACGACGCAGCAGAACGCUUUGCUCGCCACCUCGUCUCGCUCGGCGUCCAGUCUGAGACUAUUAUUCCGUUCUGCUUCACCAAGUCUUCGUGGACCAUCGUCGCCGUCCUGGCCAUAUUGAAGGCGGGAGGGGCCGCGGCUGCCUUGGAUCCGUCCUACCCGCCUGAGCGACUCCAACAGAUAUUGUCCCAGACGGAGGCGAAGCUUAUCGUGAGCAGCCGUGUAGUCCAAAAGUCACUGGAGGGAACCGUGUCUGAGCCCAUUAUCGCUAUCGAUGACUGGUUCCGACUGGCAGCGAAAGAUGACGAUGGCGGAGCUGGGCAGAAGAGCCGGCCGUCACCAGGCAAGCCAUCCACCGCGGCAUUCGUAGUCUUCACCUCGGGAAGCACUGGAAAGUCAAAGGGGAUCAUCCUCUCCCACCAGAGCAUGUGCACAAGCGCAUUCGCCCACGGAAAGUUCAUGGGCCUGGACAAAAAGUCGCGCGUGCUGCAGUUUGCCGCCUACACUUUCGACGUGAGCAACCAAGACAUCUGGACGACGCUGAUGCACGGCGGAUGCGUGUGCGUCCCGUCGGACGAGGAGCGCCUCAACGACAUUGCCGGCUCCAUCAACCGCAUGGGAGUCAACUGGACAUUCCUUACCCCGACGGUGGCGAGGCUGCUGACGCCGGACCAAGUGCCGACUCUCCAGACUCUUGUCCUCGGCGGUGAGGCUAUCACGCAGAGCAACGUCGACACGUGGGCCUCUUCAGUCCGACUGCUGAACUCGUACGGGCCUGCGGAAUGCUCCAUCUGCUGUGCCGUCAGCGAGCUCAGCACGUUUCCAGGAUCGUCUGUCAACGGUUCCCAGCCAGAGGGCAGGAUAGACCCUGCCAAUAUCGGGUACGCUCUUCCCAGUGCCGUACUCUGGAUUGCCAACCCGCACAACCAUGAUUCUCUCAGUCCCAUCGGAGCAGUGGGCGAACUGCUGGUUGAAGGGCCGAUACUCGCGCGAGGCUACCUCGGCGACCCUGCGCGCACUGGCGCUGCCUUUAUUGAGAAUCCCGCAUGGGCCAAGGCAGACACCUCACCUCCGAGGCGCUUCUACAAGACCGGCGAUCUGGUCCGGUAUGCCAGCGAUGGCACCAUGCGCUUUGUCGGUCGCAAGGACCACCAGGUCAAGAUACGCGGACAAAGAACGGAACUGGGCGACAUCGAACAUCAUCUGACCUCUGCGCCGUCCGUCAAGCAAGGGGCAGUCUUUUUGCCAAAGAAGGGCCACUGGGCGGAGCGACUUGUCGCCGUGGUGUCUCUGGUUCAGCUCGCCCAGGCGGCACCGAAAGACGGCCGCCUUCAGCUAGUCGGACAGGAACACCAAGCAGCCGUUUCAAAUGCAGUGGAAACACUGCAUGCAAUCCUUGGUAAGAGCCUGCCCUCGUACAUGAUACCUGCCGCGUGGUUUGUGGUGGAGUCUCUGCCGCUGACGCCGUCGGCCAAGGUUGAUCGUAACCAGAUCACUAGAUGGAUCGAGGAUAUGGAAGAUGAUAUCAGGCACAUUACUUUUGACUCAAAGUUAGCUACUGAAUCCUACAAGGUGGUUGAGAAUGGGCAGCUGAGUGAACGAGAGGCUGCGCUGCGGCAGAUCUGGGCUCACGUUCUCAACGUGCCCGUCGACCGUGUCAGUCUACACCAAUCAUUCAUCAGCGCUGGGGGUGACUCAAUCUCGGCCAUGCAGGUCAUGGGAGAAUCCCGAGUAAAAGGCAUCAUAAUCACCGUCGAGGACAUCCUCUCGGCAGAUGGAAUCGUCGGCCUAGCCGCCAAGUCCCGCUCAGGUCACAAUUCCCAGCCGGCAGCAUCAGUGGCCAAGGACGUGAAUGUUCAGUUUGGCCUCACGCCCAUGCAAGAGCAGCACUUUCGCCUGGCGCCAGAGGGUGACUCAUCCUUUAAUCAAGGGUUUCUUCUCACUCUGCCUCAAAACGUGAGCGUCGAGGCGUUGACGGAUGCCGUUGAAUCACUGAUUCAUCGGCACGAGAUGCUGCGAGCUCGUUUCAAGCAAGAGCCGGACGGAUCCUGGAAGCAGCUUAUUGUCAGCCAAGACGAAGAUGACUUUGAGUUGCGGUCUCACAGCAUACGAAACUUAGAGCGCCUUGAUGCAGCUGUCCAAAAGGCUCAGGUUGGCCUCGAUAUCGAAGCAGGUCCCGUGUUUAGCGUCGACUUUUUCAAUGUCAAGGGGCAGGGCCAAUUUGUCUACCUUCUAGCACACCAGCUCGCAGUAGACCUGGUGUCGUGGAGAGUGUUAUUCCAAGAGCUGGAGGAACUGCUACGCCUCGGCCACAUCGACCAUCCGCCUUCUUACCCAUUCUCUGAAUGGUGUCGGCUGCAGUACGACAAGGCUCAGACGCUCGAUCCUGCGACCACCCUCCCUUGGGCUCUGGACCCUCCAGACACGUCCUUCUGGGGCCUCUCUGCGCCAUAUCAUACAUACGGCGAUGCCGUCGAGGGAGGCUUUCGGUUGGGUCGACACGUAAGCCAGCUUCUCAUAGGACCAAUUCCCGAGGCUCUGAGUGUCGAGCCGAUUGACAUUUUCAUCGCGGCGUUGGCCAAGUCGUUUGCCGAGGUGUUUCCUGAUCAUGUCAUCCCGACAGUCCUCCAGGAAGGUCACGGACGCCAGCCGUGGAGCGACCAUGUAGACUUAUCCCGCACCGUCGGUUGGUUCACAACCAUGGCACCCAUACCUGUUGGGAGAAUCACACGAGAGCAGGAUAUGGCGACGAUGGCUCAGGCCAUUCACAGUCUUAGAAAGGACUUGCCUGACAAGGGAUGGGCGGAUUACACAGCCAAGAUGCUAUCACCCAAAGCUGUGCGGUCGUCCACCCAUGAGCUGCUAGAGGUCGUGUUCAACUACGAGGGCAUAUAUCAGAUUCUCGAAAGAGACGAUUCCUGGCUGCGGCAUGGCCCGCCUCGAACACAACGUAACCCGGUCCAUGCUCGGGCAUUUGGCCUAGCAGCCAGCAAGACAAAGUUCCGCAGCAGCUUUGUCAACCUCUUGGCCGUGUUUGAGAUCACGGCCGCCGUCGUCUGCUCACAGGUCGAGUUCUCUAUUCUCUACCCUCCCGAUAUUCAACACCGUGAUCGCGUUAGUUUCUGGCUGCGGCGGUUUGAAGAGACGCUCGUUGCUAUUACCGGCGACGUUGUUUCUACCAACGGUCAGCCGAUCUCUGCCAAUGUGCCAUUCUCUGCCUUCAACUACCCUCUGUCACAUCACGCUGCGGAACAGACAGACAGGCUGCAAGACUCACUGGCCGAAUUCGGCGUGGGCCAAGUUUCGGUUAUUGAGGAUGUAUAUCGCUGCUCUCCAAUGCAAGAAGGACUCUUGCUGUCGCAAUCUACAAACCGGGGAGAGAAGUACAUUCUGAGCUACGUGUGGCAAGUCAAACCUUCCGAUCCAUCGGCACUAUUGGACUUGGAGCGCCUUUCCAAGGCAUGGCAGUUGGUUGUCAGUCGCCACCCGUCCUUGAGGACUGAAUUCCUUGCCGCACCCAAUGGACACAUGGAUCAGAUCGUGUUUCGCGAGAGGCACGUCUUGAUUGAAGAGGAGUCCAUCUCGGACAUACACGACGAGGAUCUCUUGUCGGUUGUGUCUUCAUUGAAAAGCGAUGAUCCCUCGCGGCCUCAGUAUCAGUUGAAACUCGUCCGGGCGAGCGACGGAAGGCAGUUCCUCAAGUUUGCCAUCAGCCAUACCAUCUUUGACGGGGAAUCAGCGCCCCUCUUGGCCCGAGAGCUAAGCGCGGCGUAUGACGGAGAGCUCAAACACUCGCCUACUCCUUAUAGCGCCUUGAUUAACUACCUUGCGCAGCGAGACGCAUCCUUAUCCUUGGCUUUCUGGAAAGAUUACCUCUCGCAAGCCGUCCCAUGUCACUUCCCGACCCUUACUGGAGGCAGCAUCUCUGGGGAAGACGGCACCAGCGAGCCCAAUCACGAGAUAUUUGCGAUCAAGCUUGAGCAUUCUCUCGCAUCGCUGCAGCCGGCGUGUUCUCGUGCGGGAAUCACUCUGUCGACACUGUUCUUGACGGUGUGGGCCCUGGUUCUCCGCGUCUAUACCGGCCAGGAGUCUGUGUCCUUUGGCUUCCUGGCUUCUGGGCGUGAUGCCCCCAUCCCCGAGAUUGAGAAUGUCAUCGGUCCAGUGCUGAACAUGCUCAUCUGCCACGCACUGGUCACACAGGCCAAAACACCAACGGGGGUCGCCAUCGGAAUUCAAAAGGCUUUCGUGCAGAGCUUAUCUCAUCAGUUCACGCCCUUGGCCGAGAUUCACCACGACUUGGGUCUGACAAAGAGGCCGUUGUUCAAUACAGUCUUGUCAUAUCAGCGCUCCCAACAACACAAGGAGGCAGACUCGGGCCGCAAAUUCCACCUGGAGCGCAUUGGCGGGCAGAGCAAGACCGAGUACGACAUCACACUCAACGUGAACGUGUCCGAGGCCGAUGUCAGCGUCAUCUUCAAGUACUGGACAUCGGCCCUCAAUCGGCCCUUUGCCAUCCGCGUCGCUGACACAUUUAGAGAUAUCCUGUCAUCUGUUAUCCAGAACUUUGACGCACCCUUGGACCAGUUGGACCUGCUAAGCGCGCCCGACAACAAGGACAUUGCUAAUUGGAAUGAUGGCGGAAGAACGGAAGCCACCAAGUGUGUACACACUUUGGUCAAGUUGCGAGCCGUUGAAGACCCCCAAGCUAUCGCCAUUGAAGCCAAACACUGGUCUUUGUCGUAUGGAGAGCUGGAUGCUGCCGCGCUUUCGCUGUCCUACAAACUACGUGACAAGGGCGUUGGGCCCGAUGUGCGAGUGUUGGUCUUGGCCCAGAGAUCGACCUGGGCCAUCAUCGGACUCUUGGCCAUCCUCAAGGCAGGAGGGGCGAUACACGUGCUCGAUGACUCAAGGUCUGCUUCUCAUUUGGCGGAUGCUGUUACCGCCUCAAAAUCCCACAUCGCCAUUGCCACUGAAGGGCUCCUAGGUUUGGCCAAAUCGCUCGUACCCGACGUCGUCCCCCUAAACGCAGUGUCUGCCUAUGACACCGGCGUGCAUCCGCACGAUGGAUGGGAUAUCGUCACCCUCGGGAACUUAUGCUCCGUCGUUCUCACGUCUGGGGCGGACGGUGAGCCCAAGUCAGUUCUCCUGGACCAUCGCAGUGUUGCCAGCCGUGUCGCUGCCUACAGUACAGAACUGAAGCUGACCAGGUCAUCACGUGUACUACACCACUCCCCUUACCUGAGCCACGAGGGUAUGAUGGAGGUCUGGGCUACUCUGACCAUUGGAGCGCGGUUGUGUGUUGUUCCGCCUUUGGCUGACUUGUCGUUGGUUAGCGAAGCCGCAAGCGAGCUUGGUGUGAACUGGGCCGCCCUCACCCCAACUUUGGCGAGCUCCAUCGACCCUGACCGCGUCCCUUCUCUUAGCACACUGGUUCUUGUCGGGGAGCCCGUUCCAAACCAAGUCUUUGUUGCGUGGAGCAAGAGAAAUCUCAUCCAGUCAUUCUCUACUGCCGAGACUGGGAACGCAUCGUCUACAGGCGACUCGCCAGAUGGCCCUAACCCAAAGACUAUCGGUAUACCUUUUAAGAAUGUUAAACUCUGGGUCACUGACAUCAAAACACCUGAUCUUCUCGCUCCGAUUGGUGUGGUUGGCGAACUGUUGAUCGAAGGUCCUACGUUGGGUCUUGGAUAUGAGCAAGUGUCACACGGUCAUACAUCGACAUCGUUUAUUGACAACCCAGCCUGGAGCAGACGACUCUCUGAUGACUUGGCUGGUGCCGGGCGUCGCUUUUUCAAGACGGGAGACCUAGUCAGGUACAACUUGGACGGUUCAAUCCAGUAUCUUGGCCGCAAGGCUGAUGGGGAAUUUGAUUCCCUUGCGCAACGCCUUUCCUCUCAAGCAAACAUACAACAGGUGGUAGUCAGGGCCAUCUCAACAGGUCUGCUAAGCCAACAGACUGUAGUGGUAUACACCACCAAGCCACCCAACAACGCUGAGCUUUCAGAAAUCUCUCUUUAUCAGUCGCCCGAAGCCAAGGACAUCCGCUCAGAAUUGAUCCGGGUUCUAGAGCAAGCGGAAAGCGAUCACGUCCCUGCCUCAUUAGUACCUAUCAAAGCGUUUCCCCUUGUCAAGAUAGGCAAGAUCAAUGCAAGGCGUGUGCAGAGCUGGCUAGAAACAAUUGGCCAGGACACGUUCCAAGAGAUCCAGCGUCUGAAUCAAGCAGUCGUCGACCCGCCAGCAGCAACGUUCUCAAGCCCUACGGAACAAGUGCUGGCCCAGAUCUGGAGCGAGGUCCUGCACGUUCCAGUAGAGAAGAUUGGGCGCGAGAGGCCGUUUUACAGUCUGGGCGGCGACUCUAUCUCUGCCAUCCAGGCAGCCUCGCGCGGCCGCCGGGACAAGAUCAACUUGACUGCCCAGGACAUUCUUCAGUUCCGCACCAUUGCCCGCAUCGCAGCCGUCGUCGCUCGUCGGGGAGUGUUUGGCGCAGAGGUGGCCGUCAAGCACGAGCACCCGGGCAAUGUUCCGUUUGGUCUGUCCCCCAUCCAAGCGCUGUAUUUUGACGCGGACCCAGAUGGGCACGAGCGGUACUAUCAGAGUCAAUACCUCGAGCUCGGUCAGGCAGUGAGUAGCGAGCAGCUUACUGCUGCCUUGCAUGCGGCUGUUGAGCGGCACCCAAUGCUCCGGGCGCGAUUCAACGAUGACGAUGGCGAAUGGAUGCAGCGCAUAAGCGACGACGUAGCUGGGUCGAUUAACAUCGGCGUUGUUGACAAUGCCCUCGAGGAGGACAUUGCCUCUUCUCUCGAGUCUGCCAUAGGUUCAAUUAACAUAGCCAACGGCCCCCUGGCUGUUGCUCGCUUGUUCAGAUCAGACAGCGAAAACGACAUUCUGUUCCUGGGCGCCCACCAUCUCGUUGUCGACCACGUUUCAUGGCGAGUCAUUCUGAAGGAAAUCGAAGACCACAUCUUGGGCAUCCCCAAUGUCGAUAGCCCACCCUUUCCUUUCCACCAGUGGUCACAGUCACUUGCAAAGUACAGCACAGAGAAUCUCCGCGAGACAGACAAGGUACUGCCAUACAAUCCACCAGAUGCCGAUAUUGAAUUCUGGGGCCUGUCUGGACGGCAAAACUCGCACGGCCAGGUCGAGCGCCUGACUGUUGUCCUUGACGAGACGACGACGUCUCGGCUGCUCAACGAAUCGCAGUCGCAUCUCCGGACCGAGCCAGUCGAUGUGAUGCUAGGGGCUCUUCUCCAUGCCUUUGCCCACGUGUUUCCCGAUCGCGACACACCAGCACUCUUCAACGAAGGCCAUGGCCGGGACGCCCUGACAGACGCACACGACAUUUCCAAGACCGUGGGCUGGUUCAGUAUCUUGGCACCGCUCGUGGCAGUGCCAGGCCAGAGCACUCUAGACACGAUACGCCGCGUCAAGGACGCCCGGCACUACCUCCCACAAGGUGGAUGGCCGUACUUUGCAAGCCGCUAUUUGACUCCAGAGGGGCAGGCUCGCUUUGGCGGCCAUUUCCCCAUGGAGAUUGUCUUCAACUACCUGGGCCGUUAUCAGGGAUUGGAGAAUGACGGCGGCCUGUUUCGCCGCGCCUCGGCGCCCGACACUGGCUGCCUCUACCCUGACUUGCUUCGGUUUUCACUGUUUGAAGUGCUAGUAUCCGUCAAUGCUGGAGAGCUGCGCAUUCAGCUGUCAUACCCAAGAGCAACCAAGCACCAGGAACGCCUAGGAGAAUGGAUACGCCAGUACCGCACCAUACUUGGACAAGUUGUCGCCAGCGGUGGUGCUGUCCUGUCUCGUUCCGACUUUCCCCUGCUCGAGGCAAGCUACACGGAUCUCGACCGGGUUGUGAAAGAGGUCAUUCCCUCCAUCAAAGGACCAGUCACCAUAGCAGAUCUCGAGGGCCUCUACCCGAGCACACCCAUCCAGACUGGACUUUUGAUCUCGCAGGCUCGCAACCCGGCAUUCUACGAGUAUGCUACCAUCGCUGAAGUCCUGCCCCCUGCGUCAGGUGAGCCCAUCGACGCAGAGAAGCUGGAACGCGCCUGGCAGCAAGUUGUCGAGCGACAAGCGAUUCUCCGGACCGUCUUUGUGGACAGCAUCUUCCCAUCAAGCAUAUACGACCAAGCCGUCUUACGCAAACUUCCCGGAGAAGUGGUGCGACUUGAAUCAGGAGAUGGUGAUCCUUCAGCUGUUCUCGGCCAGCUUAUGGGACUGGAGUUCUCCCCCGGUCAGCCCUUGCACCGCCUGAGCAUAUGCACCACGAGCUCUGGGGCCGUCUUUGUGCGCCUGGAUAUAAACCAUGCCAUAAGCGACGGGGCUUCCAGGGGCAUAUUGCUUCGCGACCUUGCUGCCGCGUACCACGACCAUCAGACCUCCCCCCUUGUGUCGCAAUACCACGACUUCGUCUACUUCCUGCUUCGGCAGCCGAAAGAGUUGCAUCUCAAAUAUUGGACAACCCGCCUCGCUGACAUUGAACCUUGCCUGCUGCCGAAUUCUCUCCUGUCUUCCGCGCCCACGAACAGCAUUCAUUUCACCCAGGUGGUUCUACCAAAAUCAAUCGCUCAAGUCCGGACGUUCUGCAUCCAGAGCGGAGUGACCCUCUCAACUCUGCUUCAAACGGCAUGGACCCUGGUCCUUGGCGUCUAUUGCAACGCGGAAAAGGUCAGCUUUGGUUAUAUAGUGUCCGGGAGAGAUGCCCAGAUCGACGGAAUCGAGGAUGUCGUUGGCCCGUUCCUCAAUCUCUUGAUCUGCCACGUCUCUGUUCCCUCCUCUUCCUCUCCGCUCGACAUUUUACAAGAUCUACAAGACUAUUUUGUGCAAAAUCUGCCACAUCAGUUUAGUUCGCUGGCGGACAUUCUUCAUGAGCUGGGGUUAGGCGAUCAGGCCCGCUUCAAUACAGUCUUCUCCUUUCAGCGGCGCGCAAUUAAUACCAGCUCAGGCUCUGAAGGGUUGAUACACUUCCGCUGUGAACGAGCCAGGGAUCCCACCGAGUUUGAUCUCGCUGUGGAUGUCGAGGACCUCGGAGACCAUGUGUCCAUUGUCCUGGAGCAUUGGCAGGACAGAAUCUCUCCAGGCCUGGCCGCCAGCAUUGCAGACACCUUUUCGCAGGCCAUUCUCUCAAUCAUCACCCACCCACAAGAGCAACUACGGCGCCUCGACCUGGCCGGGCCGAAAAGUCUGGCUCAGAUUCGCCAGUGGAACUCUUCCCCGCCUCCAGCUCACGAGGUGUGCCUCCACCAUGGGUUCAAAGAGCAGGCCUUGCGCCAGCCAGAAGCGCCCGCCGUGAGCUCGUUCGACGGCGACUUGUCUUACUCCGAGCUGGACGUGGCGGCCACGAACCUGGCUGCGCAGCUCAGGGAUCGAGGCGUGACCCGUGGUGCCAUGGUCCCCUUCAUGUUCACCAAAUCUCUCUGGGCCAUUGUCGGGAUCGUGGCGAUCCACAAGGCUGGGGGGGCCGCGGUGCCUCUUGACCCCAAGGCGCCGCGGCAGAGGCUAGAGACGAUCGCCUCGGAUACAGAAGCCACCAUCUGCCUCUGCUUGCCCCAGCUUCGGUCAAACGUGUCCGCCGUCUUCUCUACUAUAGUCGAGGUUGUGCCUUCUGCAAUAUCAAGUACAAAUGGAUCGACCCCCAGAUCUGUGGAAGAUGUAUCCCAACCGUCUGACCCGGCAUUCGUCAUCUUCACAUCCGGCAGUACGGGCGUGCCCAAGGGCUCUAUCCUUGAGCAUGGAUCGCUGAGCACUACCGCCGCCCAUUCCAUGAGUCCCAUCAAUAUGAACUCGGAUUCGCGUGUCUUGCACUUUGCGUCAUAUACCUUUGAUGUGAGCAUAGAGGAGGUCUGCUUUACUCUGGUGCACGGCGGUUGUAUCUGCGUCGUGUCCGAGGACGACCGCUUCGACGACCUUGCCGGGGCAAUGAACCGGCUGCAAGUCACCUGGGCCGAUCUCACGCCGACCGUGGCCGCAACGAUCGACCCCGAGGUCGUCCCGUCUCUAAAGACACUGGUGACGGGAGGAGAGUGGCUCACGCAGACGGUCAUCACGAAGUGGGCCGACGAGGUCGAGCUCUUCAACUCAUACGGCCCGUCAGAGUGCUCCGUAUUCUGCUCGGCAACCGCGAAGCCUCUCACCCCGUCGUCUCACAAGGAGCAUAUCGGCGUGCAGUUGGGCAGUCGUGCCUGGCUAGUUACCCCGGGCGACCACACUCGCCUGGUCCCGGUUGGUGCAGUUGGCGAGCUCGUCAUUGAGGGACGUAUCGUCGCCAGGGGAUACUUGAAGAAUCCUGCUCAAACAGAAGCCAGAUUCUUCAGGUCUGCUCCCUGGCUUCCUGAGCCACUACCGGUCGGAAGCCAGCUAUACCUGACCGGUGAUCUUUUGAGAUACGAGGAAGACGGGUCGUUGAUCUUUGUCGGGCGUGAAGAUGGACAGAUAAAGCUUCACGGCCAACGUCUAGAGAUUGGCGAAAUUGAGCACCAGUUGUCUUUAAACCUGGAUCCGAAAGAGAAGGGCUCUGUUCAAGUACUCCCGGUGCCUGGGUCAACAUCGCACAAGGCCCUAGUUGCCUUCUUUACCGUCUCGAGCCAUGGCUUCGACGAGCAAGACGGCCCUAUACCGAUGACCGAAAGCCUUCGAGACUCCGCGUCCACUCUCAAGCAGGAGCUCGCCCAGGGGCUACCUUCGUACAUGAUUCCUUCCGUAUAUAUUCCUCUCCCGAGGCUACCGUACAGUUCUGCCGGAAAGAUAGAUCGAAAGGUGCUCGCAGCCUUGACCGGGGCCAUUACAGAGUCUCAGUGGCUUCAAUAUUCCUUGGCUAGAUCUCAAAGGUCUCCUCCCACCACGGAAUCGGAGAGAAAACUCCAGAAGCUGUGGGCAGACGUACUUGGGAUCGAUACAUCUCUAAUCGGGAAGGAUGGUCACUUUUUCCAUCUCGGCGGCGACUCGGUCCACACCAUCCACCUAUCCGCAGCCAUCCGCAAAGCUGGUCUUUCUUUGUCUGCGAGUUUGAUCUUCCAGCACCCAACACUCUCAGACAUGGCCAAAGCCUUGGAACUGAGCAAUAAAGACUUGGCGGGGGUCGGGAAGCAAGUUGGGUACUCGCCGUUCAGCCUGUUGGCACCUAUCGCAUCCGUUAACGUGCUGCUCAACGAGGUCCAGUCCUUGGGAGGACUCAAGGAUCGAAUAGAGGAUAUUUACCCCUGCACGCCUCUUCAGCAAGGGUUGUUCGCCCUUACACUGCGAGACCCAGGGUCAUACACUCUAAGACGAACAUAUCGGCUGCCCCAUACGCUAGACUUGGCCAGAUUCCAGAGCGCUUGGCAACAGGUUGUAAAGGAAACGCAAAUUCUACGUUCCCGAAUAUUCUUCACCCCUUCGCUAGCGGCGUACCAGGUUGUUGUGGGAGAAGAUAUUUCGUGGGGGUCAUCUAUAAGCCUGCAGCAGUAUUUCGCAGAGGACGAUGCUCGACCGCUCCGAGAACUCGAGCCAUUGGCGAGGUAUGCCAUUGUCCGCGAAGAAGACGACACCUACUUCGUUUGGUCUCUGCAUCACUCGCUCUAUGACGGAUGGUCCGAUGGACUUCUCUUGGACCGCCUGACCUCAAUCUAUCACGCGCGCCAACCAUCGCCGUCAGUUCCAUUCCACCGCUUCAUCCAGCAUGUUCAUGGAUAUGAUCCAGAGAAGGUCCGUGGCUUCUGGACUCGCUACCUUGAAGGUGCAUCCGCGAUUACGUUUCCUUCACGGCCAUCAGUGAGAGAAGCACCACUUCCUCCUAGUAUAGUCUCUCUCAGCUUGCCACUAGCUGAGCGGGAAAGCCAGAAUGCGACCACUGCUACGCUAUUAAAGGCAGCCUGGGCUCUGGUGAUAUCGCAGUAUACCGACUCUCCCGACGUAGUCUUUGGCCUGACGUUGAGUGGACGCGACAUUGACAUGCCGGGCGUCGAGGCUGUGGUCGGGCCGACGAUUGCGACAAUCCCCUUCCGGGUGGUAUGGAACAGCGAGGCUCCUAUCUCGACUUUUCUGAAGCAGGUGUACGCCGAUGCUGUAGAAUUAAUAGACAAUCAGCACGUCGGGCUUUUGCAGAUUCGCGACCUGAAUGAGAAUGCAAAGGCUGCUUGCAAUUUCCAAAACCUUCUGAUCAUCCAGUCCGGCCAGUCAGUGAGUCGCCUUGAGACAUCCCUCGGCCUCGUGGAAGUCCACGAGGCGCCGCGCGCUUUCACGGGCUACCCAUUGGUCCUUGAAUGCUCCAUGUCGCCGAGCCAAGUGCAUCUCCAGGCUGCCUACGACCACGAAGCGCUGUCGACGGACCAGGCCCGUCGGCUUCUUCAUCAGUUGUGCACCGUCUUCAAGCAGCUCGAGAGCGGACCGGCAGAGCAGACUGUCGGCGACAUUGAACUCUUCAGUGACUACGACGCGACGCUGGUGAGUCGGUGGAACCAGCAGCCUCGUCUUUCCGUUGAUCGCUGCGUGCAUGAUCUCAUUCGACAACACCUGGAGCUGGUCCCCGACAGGCAAGCCGUUGCCGCUUGGGACGCCUCUUUGACGUACCGACAGCUACACGAGCGUACCAGCGUGUUAUCCAGUAUACUCAUCGAGCGUGGGGUCGUCCCCGGGACGCCCGUCGGGUUCUCCCUCCCCCGUUCAUCAUGGUCGGUGGCUGCCCUCCUGGCUAUUAUGCAGGUCGGAGGCGUGUCUGUCUUCCUGGACUCCAAGUACAGCCAGGGGCGGAUCAACCAGAUUAUCCAGAUUACGGAUCUCAAGCACAUAAUCACAACAAAUGGCGAUGCUCACUUGGCGCAUAAUAAUAGACUAGAUAGGAUCAGAGUGCCUGCUGAAGUCGACAUGACUGCGGCUAGGCCUCCAUUGCAGCUCCCUCGAUUCCAGGCGUCCGCGAGAGCGUACAUCAUCUUCACCUCUGGCAGCACGGGUGUGCCAAAGGGCGUCGCAGUCUCGCAUGACGCUCUAUCCACGAGCCUUACAUCCCACGGAAAUGCAAUGGGGAUGGGUCCAAAGAGCCGGAUGCUCCAUUACUCGUCCUACACCUUUGACAUCUCCACCAUGGAGAUAUUCACCACGCUGAGCCUCGGCGGGUGCGUCUGCGUUCCCUCGGAGGAGGAUCGACUGGCCAACCUUGCCACGUCCAUCCAGGCGCUGGGCGCCAACAUGGCCAUCCUCACACCAACCGUGGCGCGUCUGCUGAAGCCUCGAGAUGUGCCUGGCCUGGAAACCCUCUACUUCAUCGGAGAGGCACCCCAGGAAGGGGAUGUCAGUCAGUGGGCCAGGCAUCUCCGCUUGGUCAACACGUACGGCCCAGCCGAGGCAACUCUGAUUGCUUCUGUGCACCAAUACGCCGCAGGCGACGAUGCUCUCAACAUUGGAGGCUCGUUGCCGGGAGGUGCGCUGUGGGUCGUUCGCGCAGACAACCACGACAAGCUGGCUGCGGUCGGCGCAGUGGGCGAGCUGCUGAUUGAAGGCCCAAUCCUUGCCGAGGGCUACAUCAAAGAGCCCCAAAAGACGGCCGAUGUGUUCAUCAGGGACCCUGCCUGGGCACGACGGCUGAACCCGAACGGCCUCGAAAGUCGGCGCCUCUACAAGACGGGAGAUCUUGUUCGCUACAAGGACAAUGGGGAGCUCGUCUACGUGGGCCGCAAAGACACCCAGAUCAAGAUUAACGGCCAGCGUGUAGAGAUUGCAGAGAUUGAGCAUCACGUCCGCAGUGCCCUUGCUGAGCCCCUCGACAUCAUCGUCGACACUCUCAAGAACCCUGGGAAUGGCCGGAACGAGCUCGUGGUAUACUUCCAGCAAAGUGGCUCCGGGUCCAGCAAAGAUGCUGCUCCUUUACUGCUGCCGCCAACCACGCGGACAACCUUGCUAGACCUCCGAGACGAGCUUCUCGUCCGACUAGAAGCGCACAUGGUACCGUUGCUAUACAUUCCACUCUCGUUUCUUCCGACCAACCAGAAUGGAAAGGUAGACCGCAAAGCGCUGCGCCAGGUGGGAACUGAUCUGAGCCCGAGGCAACGCGUCAUUUAUACUGUGCGGCGUCGUGCUGACCCCCGUUCACCAUCAACUGCGACUGAACAUGUUCUACAAAAGCUUUGGAGCCAGAUCUUGGGUGUCGCGCGUGAGCAAAUCGGCGCCGACGACAGCUUCAUCCAGCUCGGCGGUGAUUCCUUGACAGCAAUCCGGCUGGCUGCGGCACUCCGUGAAGAACGGCUCAUCCUGUCCGUCAACGAUGUCUUCCUCCAUCCGAAGUUGUCCAACAUGGCCCAGGUGAUCCAAGCAGACAUCGUUGACAGCAAGGAGGCUGCCCAAGAUGCGUCCAGCUCUAGUGUCGAGCCCUUCUCUUUACUAGCCGCAGGCGCCAAUGUGGACGACUUGCUGGCAGAGCUGGAGCAAACGUGGCGGUUGACAAAAGACAUUGUCGAGGACAUUUACCCGACAACUCCGCUGCAGGAAGGACUGUUGGCCGUAACCAUGAGCCAGGACCAAAACAGCACCUACGUCAACAGAGAGGCGUAUCAGAUUCCCCACGAUGUCGACCUCGAUCGGUUUGCCGGUGCUGUCGAGUCACUCAUCCAGCGACAUCCAAUCUUACGAACGCGCAUUAUUCCCACCACCUCAUGGGGUUCAUGUCAGGUGGUCGUCGAGGAGGCUUCACCAGUGUCACGCAUCCAUGCCCCAGACUUGGAGACCCAUCUGCAGAAUGUAGCGGACGCCAAGGUUGGACAGUUUGGACAGAGACUGGUCAAGGCAACAAUCGUCGACGAUGAUUCAGGCUGGGCAUACUUCUUGUGGACAGCCCACCACUCUACCUACGAUGCCUGGACCAUGUCUCUCUUCUGGGAAGAGUUGAAAGAGCUGUACCAUACAAGACCAUUGGCCUCCCACCCUCCCUUCAGUGCCUUUGUCGCACACCUACAUCGCACAAACACCCCGGCAGUGGAUGCCUUCUGGCGUGAGUAUCUGGCCGGGGCGACACCUACCGUCUUCCCAAAGCCGCCGCCCAGCUUGCCCUCGUCUCAUGCAGCACGCGCCUCAAAGAGCAUCUCCCAUACUGCCAGCUUGAUCCACGAGCUGCCCUCUAGCGCUACGCUCCCAACGAUAAUCAGAGCUGCCUGGGCAUUACUUCUGUCGUCCUAUGCGGAGGACCGUAGCCCGGACGUCGUCUUCAACAUGACCCAGUCCGGUCGAAACGUACCCAUCGCCGGUGUUGCCGACAUGUUCGGCCCUACCAUAACCACCCUGCCAUAUCGCCUUUCCUGGAAGCCGGAUGCCACUGUUGGCGAUUUCUUAUCAACGAUUCAAUCAGAAGCCUUGGACCUCAUCCCCUACGAGCAGGCUGGCCUUCAACGAAUCCGUGGUCUGAGCGCCGACUGCCAGGUAUCAUGCGACGCAUCGAAUCUGCUUGUGAUACACCGCGCCGACCCUGGCUCGUCUGAUCACCUCGGCCUGCAAAAGCUCAGUUUAACAGACGGCACAGAUUCGUUCCUCUCCUAUGCACUCGCCAUGGAAUGUACCAUUGACCGUGGCUCCGUCCGUAUGUACACGUCUUAUGACCCCGACGUCAUACCGCUAUAUCAGACGACGCGCGUUGUCCAGCAGUUUGAUCACAUCAUUCAGCAGCUCUGUGGCGCCUCCUCUGACGAGCUUGUCCACGAGCUGGACAUGUUCAGUCCGGCGGAUAGAGAAGAGCUAGCAAGCCUGUACAAUGGUCCCAUACCCACCGUUGAGAGGUCUGUUCCAGAAGUGUUCGCAGAGCAGGUCGCCCUGUCACCGGACGCAUUAGCCGUCGACUCUCAGGACGGCACGCGGCUGACAUAUGCCCAACUCGACCGCAUCAGCGACGGCAUCUCCCACCGGCUACUAUCUCUGGGUGUGCUCCCAGACGAUAAGGUGGCAUGGUGUUCCGGGAAAUCUCCCUGGACAGUCGCCGGCCUCGUUGCCAUCGCCAAAGCGGGCGGUACCGUAAUCUUCCUUGACCCGUCUCAUCCUCCAUCUCGCCGGCAAGAGCUCGUCCAGGCGAGUCAACCUCGAGUCAUACUCGCUGUCCCGCCAUACGACCAAUUGUUCCGCUCCUCGGAUCAUGAAAUCCACGUCAUCACCGUCGACAACCACUCGAUCAACCAAUUUAAUGACCGAUCGCUUGUUCCCCCGCCAAACUUGAUCCGUCCUGACCUCGGCCUCUACGUCCAGUUCACGUCGGGAAGCACUGGAACUCCAAAGGGGUGCAUAGUAGAGCACCGCAACUUCCUAAGCUCCGCGGCCUUCUACACACAAAUCUCGCGGCUCGACCAAGGCACCCGCGUGUUCCAAGUCUCGUCGUACAGCUUCGACCACGCGCUACUGGAGAUUCUGGCAACGCUGACCGUCGGGGCCUGCGUGUGCGUGCCUUGCGACGAGGCUCGCCUCGGCCACGUCGCCCGGGCCAUCAACGACCUCCAGGUCACCUGGGCCAUCGUGACCCCCUCCCUGGCGAGGACCCUCCCCAUCCGCGAGGUACCCACGCUCCGGGACCUCGUGCUUGCAGGAGAAGCCCCCUCGGCCUCUGAUGUUCAGAUGUGGCGCUCCUCGCCCUCCCCCGUCCGUCUGUAUAAUGGCUACGGCCCUGCCGAGUGCGCCAUAUCGACGACCAUCAGGCUGAUUACCCAUCCAGACUCAGCCAGCGAGCUCGGAACGUCGUUGGCAUCCCGAAACUGGGUCGUCGAUCCUCAAGACCCGCAGAAGUUGGCACCGCUCGGCGCCAUAGGUGAGCUGCUCAUCGAGGGACCCAUCGUCGGUCGGGGAUACCUCAACGAUCCAGUCCGCACCGCGGCGGUCUUCAUCAGUCCCCCGAAAUGGCUCGAAGAGCUGAGUCCAGACGGCCCCAGUCACCGGGUCUACCUCACAGGCGACCUCGUUCGGUACACGAGCGACGGCAGCAUCACCUAUGUGGGCCGCAAGGACACGCAGGUCAAGAUCAGAGGCCAGCGUGUCGAGCUUGGCGAGAUUGAGCACCGCCUCGGAGCACACGACGGGAUCGCGAACUCGGCUGUGGUGUACCCAACCGAUGGUCGAUGCAAGGAUCAGCUCGUCGGGUUCUUUUCUCUGUCUGAGCAGGCGUCGUCGUCUGUAUAUGAGCUAGGCUCCAUUUCACUGCUUUCUGGUGCAGAUCUAGAGACCGCUGUGACUGUGCUGCGCCGUGCAGAGUCUUCACUUGCCAGCCAGCUUCCAUCCUACAUGGUUCCGUCGCUCUGGGUUCCCUUGUCGUCCGUCCCGCUGCGGCCAUCUGGCAAGGUCGAGCGAGAUGCUCUCGUCAAGUGGCUCGCCGCGGUAGAUGAAAAGACCUUGAGCACACUUGCGAAUCUAGGACAGGACCAGAGCAAUACUACCAGACCAUGGACCCCAGCCGAGGAAACGCUCAGGUCCAUAUGGAGCAAAGUCGUUGGCGUGCCGCCCAUCCGCAUAUCCCUCAAUAGCUCUUUUGCUCGACUGGGGGGCAAUUCGCUGUCCGCCAUGCAGGUGGCUGGCCUGGCUCGUAUCGCGCGCCUCUACAUACCAGUACCUGCUGUGCUGCAGGCCAAAUCACUCGAAGAGCUCGCGGCCAGUGCAACGCCCGUUACGGCCAGGUCCGUGGCCACCCUCCGGAGCGUGGUUGGGAAACCGUUUCCACUAUCUCCAAUGCAGCAAUUCUACGCACAUUUCGCGCUCGGUGACGAUGAGGUCUCCCGGAACACGAAUCAGCAAUUUCACUACGCUUUCCCUUUCCAACCUACCUCGCGAACUAGUCUGCCUGAAAUCGAGAGAGGCAUCCGAAGGAUCGUCUCGUUACACCCGUUGCUUCGCGCUCGGUUCCGACUUGAAGGUCAGGGGUCGUCGCGGCGACAUGUGCAAGAGAUUACAGACAACGUCACCGACUCUUACCGUGUGCAGGGCCACCGAUGCUCUCAGGUCGAGGAAGCUAGAUCUGCGCUGAACCAGAGCCGCACCAGCCUUGACAUCUACUCGGGGCCGUUGGUAGCCGCAGACCUCGUCGACACAUCGUCGGAUCAGAUUCUCUUCCUCACCAUCCACCAUUUAGUGACGGACAUGAUCUCAUGGAAUGUUAUUUUGGACGACCUCGAGAACAUUCUGAGCAACAAUGCACUUGCCGACCAGGAGGCGACAGAGUCCUACCCCUUCCAAGCCUGGUGCGAGAUGCAAACCGAAAUGGCCAAGACCUUGGAUCCGUCAAAUGUCCUCCCCUUCAAAGUCCCCGAAGCCGACUUCAGCUAUUGGCAGGCUGAGGAGCAGCCAAACCUCCUUCAGGACUUGGUCGGCGAACAGAUACGACUUGGCGCAACUGCAACUGCGAGGCUUAUGGCUCUCGGCGAUCGCUUUGAUUUGCAGGAUCUCGUCACGGCUGCUCUUCUGUAUUCCUUUCGCUGCGUUUUUACCAAUCGCUCACCACCGACCAUCUAUCGUUACGGCCAUGGCCGAGACGCGCCGCCAGGCUCCGACGUGGAUCUGUCGCGAACAGUGGGUUGGCUCACGUCAAUCAGCCCUCUACACGUAGCUGUCGACAAGGGAGAGGACCUGCCAACGAUUGUGCAACGCGCCGGGGCGACUCGGGCAUCUAUCCCUGGCAAUGGGUUGCCGUACUUUGUCUCCCGUUAUUACACCGCCCAAGGUGCAGCUACCUUCCAACACCACUACCAGAUGGAAGUGCUCCUCAACUAUCUCGGUUCCGGUGUGAAUGGGACGGUCAAAGAUGCCGAAGUCGACUCUGGGCGCACAGGCAAGACGACGCGUCUCGAGCGCUUCCACGCGUUUGCAGAUUCUUCAGAUGGCGGCCUCGGCGCUCGCGGCCAGCCUGACAAGAUCUUGACUUGGAUUGAAGAGUUGUGGACUGUUUUGGAACAAGGCGAUUUUGUGGAUGAUGACUAA